AUGGCAUCAUUAAAGGAGUUUAGGAGGCUUUAUCCUCCUACUUUUGACGGAAUUGCAGGUGGACAAGCUGCAGAGGAGUGGUUAGAGCAAGUUCGCCGUAUCUUUGACACUCUAGAGACACCAGAAAAUCAAAGGGUGAAACUUGCCACUUUUCAGCUUUUGGAGCAGGCAAACCACUGGUGGAAGACAGUAGAGUCAUCUGGUAGAGUGGGUAGUUGGAACGAGUUCCAGAAUAUUUUCUUAGAUCAUUUCUUUCUUAGGGUUCAACGAAAUUCAUUGAUGGCAGACUUUAUUCAUCUAAUUCAGAGGGACACGCAAUAUCAGGCGAGGUUUAAUGCAUUGUCUCGUUAUGCUAGUCAUCUUGUUGCAAUAGAGCAUGACAGGAUAUGGCAUUUUCAACGGGGAUUAAGACCAUCCAUUAGACGGAGUGUGGAGCUAGAUGAGUAUAGGCAGAUUCGGGACUCAAGAAAAAGGUUUGGGCAACAGAACACAGGUAAUAGGAGCGGAAACAAGAGGUCUAGAGAGUUUAACAGGGAAUCUGAUAUGCCAUCUCGGGGACAAUUUCAAAGGACAGGUGACACUCAAGGUUCAAGUCAAAGAAUCUGCUCUUGUUAUGAAUGUGUUCAACCCGACCACAUUAGGAAUGAUUGUCCACGGCUAAAAGGGAAACAAAGUCAGUCUAGCAAUGUAAAUCAGUCUGGGAGUCAACAGUACAGGCCACCACAACCACGGUCGGGUAGACCAGAUAUGCAGCGUUAA